GACAGUGUUCCGACCAUCUCGCUGACAGAUACAGUGAGUCUUCUGCACAGAUGCCUAUUACUAUUCCCAUCCGAUUGACUGUGGCGCACUGUAGCAGUGGGUGUGGUUCUUUGCUCACUUCUUUGUUCACUAAUGACUGCCACGCUAUACUGCAACAGAUGCUUCGUUAUCUGCGUCGUAUUGAAUUGGACGCGUGUUGUGGUAAUUGCGAUGCUGUGCGUCAUCAUCAUCGCUCGGUUGCAUGCAAUGUAUCAAGGAUCCAUAAAGAUCCUGAUAUUUCUCAUUGUCACCUUCCUGGCUGUCAACAGUUUCGGUGCAGUGGUCACUAUAAUGAUAACGAUGCAUACUUCAGGGGGGGAACUCAUUCUCUCCGGCACUUAUCAGUGUCAGCUUGACUACGCGCAUAAUAUCACACUUCUGGCUUCUAUUACUUGGAUGCUCGGCACUGUAUGGGAGGUCCUCGUGCUAUGUCUCGCAGCCUGGAUUGCGGUAAAACACUUCCGUGAAAUACGACAACAUCCGGUAGGAGGGAUUAUUGAGGACUGUUUCACGGUGUUGAUGAAAACUCAUGUGGUUUACUUUGCGGGCUUUGUUGCUGUUUCUUGCUUCUCUCUCAUUCUUGAUUUCUAUCCAACAUUCUCCACGAGCACUUCCCUGGCCCCUCAGAUUAUUUCUGGGUUUCUUCAGAUUGUGAAGGUUGUGCAGCUAUUUGUGUUGGGACUGCGCCUGAUCCUUGGUAUUCGGGAAUACCACGCUAAACUCGUGGCCGAUUCUGACGUCGCAACUGGUAUGACCUCAAUCGCUUUCCAGGAGCGCGUGGAAAUAUCGACUGGUAGUGGUGUAUGAUAAUCGGUGGAGUUAACGGUUGUCUGGUGCCCUCCAAAGAGCAGGGAAAUUUGCUUUUAUUUAUUACCACUUUCUUGAAGGUAUUGAUCGAAGUUCCGAAGUAGAUUUCAAAGAGACAUACAAAGUUUUCGUCGUAUUAUUUAGUCAAGUGAUUUGCUAUA